AUGAAAAAAAAUAAAACUUUAAAUCCGUUCAUAAUAUAUAGAACGGUUGUCCACAAUUACCUCAAAGCCAAAAAUAUCAAAUAUUCUGGCAGUACUGUCUCAAAGAUCGCAAGCAAACUGUGGAAAAAUGAAUACGUAGACGUUAAAAAUGCGUAUAAGCAAUUGGCUGAAACAAAGAAACAUCAUAAGAAAAAUUUUGAAGUCGAACGCAUUAAUAGUGUCGAAAAGCCUACUUCCUUUGGUACCACGACCACAAAUGAUAUUCCUUCGGUUAACACCGAACUUAUCCUAUAUUUUCAAUCCCCAGCUUUCCCAUUAAAUCCUAAUUCGCCACAAAUCAUUAAUGAUACUGCUAUUACUUCAAUGCAAACUUUGAAUUUCCAAUAUAAUCUUACGAUUGUUUCUUUAAACAUUGAACCCAUUAAUGUCAAACCUUUUCUAUAUAAAAAUAGCAAUAAUUAUUAA